AUGACUUAUGCUGCUAUUACUCGUCUUAUGAGUACCAUACAACAAUCAAUUCAACUUACUGGAUGUGAUUUGCAAUCAUUCUAUGAAAAGCUUGAAUCUUUGAGAGCUAAUCUGGAGAAACCGAUAGGCGAUCUUGAGGCAUUGAUAAGCUUGGAAGGUGAAAUCAUAGAGGUUGUAUGCACCACAGAACAUUUUUUGGACUCGGAAUCAAGAAAUGUUAAAAAUCCAAUUUCACAAAUAAUAGCUUCUUGGAAAUUUCAUUUUCUCUUGGAACAUGCCGUUGGAGAAAUUGAUUCCAGAGUCAACAAGUGGAUGAAAAUGCAAAAAUUGUACACCAGAACCAAAGAUGUACAAGGGAAUAACUCGGCUCUCGCAAGUACAUCUCAACAUGUUGUGGAGCCUGAGGAUAAUUAUAUGAUGGUUGGUCAUGAAAAUGAACUCGAGAUGAUGCAGGAUCAACUUGCUAGAGGAGGAAGGGAACUAGAAGUUGUCUCAAUUGUAGGUAUGGGGGGCAUCGGUAAGACAACUUUGGCGAACAAAAUCUAUAAUGAUCCAUUCAUAAUGUCACAUUUUGACAUUCGUGCAAAAGCUACUGUUUCACAAGAGUAUUGCGCGAAAAAUGUAUGCCUAAGUCUUCUUUCUUCUAUAAGUGGAAAGAGCAAUGAGCAUCAAGAUGAUGGGCAACUAGCUGAUCGACUGCAAAAAAGUCUAAAAGGGAGGAGGUAUUUGGUAGUCAUUGAUGACAUAUGGACCGAACAAGCUUGGGAUGAUAUGAAACUAUGUUUCCCAGAUUGUAACUGUGGAAGCAGAAUACUGCUGACAACUCGGAACAUGGAAGUAGCUAAGUAUGCUAGCUCAUGUAAGCCUCCUAAUCAAAUGCGACUCUUGAAUAUUGAUGAAAGUUGGAAGUUACUACAGAGUAGAGUCUUUGUAAAAAACUGUUUCUCCCCUGAAUUUGAACAACUUGGGAAACAAAUUGCUCUUAAAUGCGGGGGAUUACCUUUAGCUAUUAUCGUUAUUGCUGGAGUUCUGUCUAAUAUUGGUGAAUCAUUCAAUGAAUGGACAAGUGUUGCAGAGAAUGUAAGUUCAGUGGUAAGCACAGAUCACAAUGUUCAAUGCAUGAGAGUGUUGGCGUUGAGUUAUCAUCACUUACCACAUCACUUGAGAGCGUGUUUUCUAUAUUUUGCAAUAUUCCCGGAGGAUACAGUGAUUUUUGUGAAUAAACUUGUGAAAUUAUGGACAGCAGAGGGUUUUUUGAAGACAGAAAUGAUGAAAAGUAUAGAAGAAGUUGCAGAAAAAUGUGUUAAAGAUCUUAUAGAUAGAAAUUUAAUUUUUGUCCAAAGGGUGAGUAGUUUUGAUGGAAAAAUAAAAGCUUGUGGAAUGCAUGAUGUGAUCCGUGAACUCUGCUUGAGAGAAGCUCGAAACACAAAUUUUGUGAAUGUUAUAAUGGAUAAUCAAAAUCCAUGUGAACAAUCCAUGAAUUAUUCCACAAAGGGAGUUCGGAUAAGUAUCCAAUCCAAACUUGCUGCCAAUCAGUUGUCUAUGGUUUGUAAUAACGAUUCCUAUUCUGUUCUCGUUUUUACUGAAGAUCCCUCGAGCUCAAGAAUGGUGCAGGACUUGAAGCAUUUCAAGGUACUAAGAGUACUUGAUCUUGCUUCGUUGUCGUUGAAUGUUUUUCCCAGUUGCAUAGUUGAACUAUUUCACUUGAGAUAUCUAGGUUUGAGUGUUUACUCAUCCACUAAUGCUUGGGAUAUUUGUUUUCCAUCCUCAAUAGCUAGCCUUGAGUAUUUGCAAACUUUAAUACUUAAGUUUCCAACAUCUCUCGGAUGGAAGUUUACUAGACCUUUCAGAUUACCAUCGAGUAUUUUCAAGAUGUCGCAAUUGAGGCAUCUAUCUUUGGACUGGAAUUACUUGAAUGGACAUGAAUCUAGCAAGAGAUCAAGUUGGGUUUUGAGAAAUCUUGAGUGUCUGUCUGGAUGGAAUCCUUUAUCUUGUACUUCUUCGGUCUUUAGACUACUUCCGAAUGUAAAGAAGUUGCAAAUAUGUGGUAUCCAAGAUGACUACAUACGAAGGGACAAGGUUAAUUUCCAUGAUCUUUGCUGCUUAGAUCAGCUUACGGAAUUGAAAUUCAAGAUUAGAAAGAUGGUUGGAAGAGCAAUAUAUGAUACAUCUUUCGUUCUUCCUCCUCUAGUUGCUUUUCCAAAAAACCUUAACAAGUUAGCUUUUACAGCUACUCGUUUGCAUUGGGAGGAUUUGGAGAUUCUUGGUAAGUUGCCUAAACUCGAGGCACUCAAACUAGGAUAUGAUGCUUGCAUUGGUACUGAUUGGGCAGUUGGUGAGGAAGGGUUUCCAAAUUUGAAGGUUUUACGAUUGAAGCAUUUGUACUUACAUAACUGGAGAGCAAGUAGUGAUCACUUUCCACGACUUGAACGACUAGUAAUUAACCGUUGUUGGAGCAUGUAUUCGAUCCCACAGGAUUUUGUAGACAUAACCACACUUCAGCUGAUUCAUAUAAGCGAUUGUGCAAAAUCUGUUGGGAACUCAGCCAACAAGAUUCAGCAGGAAAUUGAAGACAGUUAUGGAAGUUCUGUUGAGGUCUGUAUUAGUUAG